GCGUGACGCACCCGGAAGUAACGUGUUAAUGAAGAGAGGUCACUUUGAUUCAGUUUUGUAAUGUUUUGAUUCAGCAACACUGCUGAUAAUUAUGGAAGCAACCAAAGCAGAGGAGCCUUUCCUGAGGCAUGUGGAGACGGAUGUACUCAUCCCCAAGAUGAUGAGGGAGAAAGCCAAGGAGCUCUGUGCUGAAAAGGUUACAGCGUUCAACCACUGCUGUAAAGAGACUGGCUUCCUGAUGGUGUUCAAGUGUCGUGAUGAGAACGCUGCCCUGAAGGAGUGUCUCACCGUACACUACAGAGACUCAGCAUUCUUCGAGGAGUGCAAGCAGGAGUACAUCAAGGAGAAGCUGGAGUUCCAGAGGACAGGGGUGGCGGCUAAGAACCGCUCACAAAAACUACCAACCAGCAUGUAGAAUGCCAAUUGACCCCUGACCCCUGAACACGUUGCCAUGUUGCUUCCACCUAUCCGAUCCUCUCAGAUCUACAGGAGUGGUUAGGUAGCGGGGGUUAGGGGUCACGAGGGUGGCAGGGGGAGUGAGUGCUACUCACGGGGCUUUACAGUGUGUGUAUUGUACAUCAGGUUGGGAUGCUCAUUGCCCCUGCGGGAGGAACUAGAUCAACGAAGGGGCAGGAGACAGGAGGACAUCCUAGGCCCUAAGUGACCUGUGUAACGACUACGAGGCAGGUUGGCAUGGUGUGUCUAAAGGCCUCCGUUCACCUGUUUGUAGGGAAAAGGAAUCUCUUAUACAAGAUACGUGUCCUCAACAGAGAGACUCUGGUUGAUCUGAUCAAACAGCCCUGAUGGAAAAUCACACUGUUCCUCAACAGAGACACUCUGGUUGAUCUGAUCAAACAGCCCUGAUGGAAAAUCACACUGUUCCUCAACAGAGACACUCUGGUUGAUCUGAUCAAACAGUCAGGAUGGAAAAUCACACUGUUCCUCAACAGAGACACUCUGGUUGAUCUGAUCAAACAGUCAGGAUGGAAAAUCACACUGUUCCUCAACAGAGACACUCUGGUUGAUCUGAUCAAACAGCCCUGAUGGAAAAUCACACUGUUCCUCAACAGAGACACUCUGGUUGAUCUGAUCAAACAGCCCUGAUGGAAAAUCACACUGUUCCUCAACAGAGACACUCUGGUUGAUCUGAUCAAACAGUCAGGAUGGAAAAUCACACUGUUCCUCAACAGAGACACUCUGGUUGAUCUGAUCAAACAGUCAGGAUGGAAAAUCACACUGUUCCUCAACAGAGACACUCUGGUUGAUCUGAUCAAACAGCCCUGAUGGAUAAUCACACUGUUCCUCAACAGAGACACUCUGGUUGAUCUGAUCAAACAGCCCUGAUGGAAAAUCACACUGUUCCUCAACAGAGACACUCUGGUUGAUCUGAUCAAACAGCCCUGAUGGAAAAUCACACUGUUCCUCAACAGAGACACUCUGGUUGAUCUGAUCAAACAGUCAGGAUGGAAAAUCACACUGUUCCUCAACAGAGACACUCUGGUUGAUCUGAUCAAACAGUCAGGAUGGAAAAUCACACUGUUCCUCAACAGAGACACUCUGGUUGAUCUGAUCAAACAGCCCUGAUGGAUAAUCACACUGUUCCUCAACAGAGACACUCUGGUUGAUCUGAUCAAACAGCCCUGAUGGAAAAUCACACUGUUCCUCAACAGAGACACUCUGGUUGAUCUGAUCAAACAGCCCUGAUGGAAAAUCACACUGUUCCUCAACAGAGACACUCUGGUUGAUCUGAUCAAACAGCCCUGAUGGAUAAUCACACUGUUCCUCAACAGAGACACUCUGGUUGAUCUGAUCAAACAGCCCUGAUGGAUAAUCACACUGUUCCUCAACAGAGACACUCUGGUUGAUCUGAUCAAACAGCCCUGAUGGAAAAUCACACUGUUCCUCAACAGAGACACUCUGGUUGAUCUGAUCAAACAGCCCUGAUGGAAAAUCACACUGUUCCUCAACAGAGACACUCUGGUUGAUCUGAUCAAACAGUCAGGAUGGAAAAUCACACUGUUCCUCAACAGAGACACUCUGGUUGAUCUGAUCAAACAGCCCUGAUGGAAAAUCACACUGGUCCUCCUGUUUCAGAAUGAUCAGUAAUGUUUGUGUUGUUGAUGCUGUCUGUCUGCUCUUCAGUUUGUGUAUAUUUAUGAAGAAUUGUUUCUGUCGAUGCUUUGGAAGUGUUUUCAUGGUGAGCUUGUUAGCAACCAAUACUGUCCAAAGUGAGAUUGAUUCCAACGAUAUAAGACCUGUCCAAAGGGAGAUUGAUUCCAACGAUAUAAGACCUGUCCAAAGGGAGAUUGAUUCCAACGAUAUAAGACCUGUCCAAAGGGAGAUUGAUUCCAACGAUAUAAGACCUGUCCAAAGGGAGAUUGAUUCCAACAAUAUAAGACCUGUCCAAAGGGAGAUUGAUUCCAACAAUAUAAGACCUGUCCAAAGGGAGAUUGAUUCCAACGAUAUAAGACCUGUCCAAAGUGAGAUUGAUUCCAACGAUAUAAGACCUGUCCAAAGGGAGAUUGAUUCCAACGAUAUAAGACCUGUCCAAAGGGAGAUUGAUUCCAACGAUAUAAGACCUGUCCAAAGGGAGAUUGAUUCCAACGAUAUAAGACCUGUCCAAAGGGAGAUUGAUUCCAACGAUAUAAGACCUGUCCAAAGGGAGAUUGAUUCCAACGAUAUAAGACCUGUCCAAAGGGAGAUUGAUUCCAACGAUAUAAGACCUGUCCAAAGUGAGAUUGAUUCCAACGAUAUAAGACCUGUCCAAAGUGAGAUUGAUUCCAACGAUAUAAGACCUGUCCAAAGUGAGAUUGAUUCCAACGAUAUAAGACCUGUCCAAAGGGAGAUUGAUUCCAACGAUAUAAGACCUGUCCAAAGUGAGAUUGAUUCCAACGAUAUAAGACCUGUCCAAAGGGAGAUUGAUUCCAACGAUAUAAGACCUGUCCAAAGGGAGAUUGAUUCCAACGAUAUAAGACCUGUCCAAAGUGAGAUUGAUUCCAACGAUAUAAGACCUGUCCAAAGGGAGAUUGAUUCCAACGAUAUAAGACCUGUCCAAAGGGAGAUUGAUUCCAACGAUAUAAGACCUGUCCAAAGGGAGAUUGAUUCCAACGAUAUAAGACCUGUCCAAAGGGAGAUUGAUUCCAACGAUAUAAGACCUGUCCAAAGGGAGAUUGAUUCCAACGAUAUAAGACCUGUCCAAAGGGAGAUUGAUUCCAACGAUAUAAGACCUGUCCAAAGGGAGAUUGAUUCCAACGAUAAAAGACCUGUCCAAAGGGAGAUUGAUUCCAACGAUAUAAGACCUGUCCAAAGUGAGAUUGAUUCCAACGAUAUAAGACCUGUCCAAAGGGAGAUUGAUUCCAACGAUAUAAGACCUGUCCAAAGGGAGAUUGAUUCCAACGAUAUAAGACCUGUCCAAAGGGAGAUUGAUUCCAACGAUAUAAGACCUGUCCAAAGGGAGAUUGAUUCCAACGAUAUAAGACCAGUCCAAAGGGAGAUUGAUUCCAACGAUAUAAGACCUGUCCAAAGGGAGAUUGAUUCCAAAGAUAUAAGACCUGUCCAAAGGGAGAUUGAUUCCAACGAUAUAAGACCUGUCCAAAGUGAGAUUGAUUCCAACGAUAUAAGACCUGUCCAAAGGGAGAUUGAUUCCAACGAUAUAAGACCUGUCCAAAGGGAGAUUGAUUCCAACGAUAUAAGACCUGUCCAAAGUGAGAUUGAUUCCAACGAUAUAAGACCUGUCCAAAGGGAGAUUGAUUCCAACGAUAUAAGACCUGUCCAAAGUACAUCAAUAAUAUUCAAGGUGUUGACAUCCUCCACAAUGAGAAUGUCCCGGAUGGUUCCUAAUUAUACACGAGAUUGAUACUGCAUAGAGGCUUUAUCCCAUCAUUUAGGAUUCACCGGUGAGUUGCCGUAACUACUAAUGUGAUGAUUUAUGGAUUUAUAGGUGAAGCAUUAUGGACAGAGUUGUUGUAAAAAGGUAUAAUUAUAUGACAUUUGACUUGACAUUGUGUUAAAGUACAUAUAAAUAAAGACAAACAGAUGUUCAUAA